UGUGUGUGUGUGUGUGUGUGCCUGUGUGUCUGUGUGUGUGCUUGUGUUGUACAACUAAUAUAUUUUCUCUCUCACAUCUUUAUUUUCCCUUAUAUAUUUGACUUCGCUUCUAGUUAUGAUUUUCAAUAGGAUAUUACCAUUUCAAAGGAGACAAUAUGGAAAAAAAUCACAUAACCAGACACCCAAACACGCAACAUAUCUUCCAGGACGCAUAUAUUGCAGCAGAGCACCCCCAGCUCCACACCAUGCAAUCUAUGUGGGCGCUUGUGUACGAAAGAAGAAUUCCUGUAUGGGUCCUUUUGCAAUCCUUCCCUGAGAAUGACCAGGAAUACCCGUCGGUCAUCCCAGCCGUGGAGAGGCAACUGGUGGGGCCGUUCGAGCUGACUCUCACAGGCCUUCAGUCCUAUCACAAUUUUGUAGAAUAUUACGUAGAAAUUGCCGUUCAGGGAUCACAUAUGGCAUCAUCCCACAUGGUCGUUCUGGUCGUGAUGAACGGCUGGCCACACGACCAGGAUCUCCCGUCCUCAGUGGAACCUCUCCUGGCAGUGUUAGAGCGAGCGGAAUCCCUCAACGACCCCAUGACCAGCGCUCUUGUGACGUGCAGAGACGGCGUGACAGCAACGGGGGUCAUGAUGGCUCUCUUUGUCUUAAUAGAGAGAAUUAAACUCUUUCAAGAAGUUGAUGUUUAUCGAUCUGUUCAGGAAGUCAUCUAUGCUCGGCCACAGUUCAUUACCAGUGUUGAUCAAUACGACCUCCUUUAUGAAGCUGCGGCAAUGUAUCUGGAAGCCUAUAACACGUACGGAAAUUUUAACUGAACUAAAACUGACUCUAGGACUAGAUGUUUGUCAUAUUCAGAGACACGCGGGACACCUUUUCUGGCGGAGGUCCUCUUCAGCUAUGAUUGGCUGAGACGCGAGA